AUGUCCGAUUGCAAUUCGUCUUGUCGCAUGGAAGAAAAAGAUGAGGAAGAAGAUGUCAUCGAUCGAUCUAGGGUUUUAUUUAAUACGACGUAUCUCACCAUUCUUAUAAUAACUUUCACUACGCAAUCAUUACAUGAUCAUAUUUUAUUUGUUAAACAAAUAUAUAUCGAUAUAUCUGGUCGGCGAUUUGCCGCUAUCAUAAUUUCUUCCACCUCCUCCGUCUUCAGCGGCCGGAAUCCCACGGUGUUUCCCUUUUCUGGUUUCAAGUUUAUCAAAAUCCUAGUCUUUCAUCCUGAUUUACAAAAAAAUGCGGAUCUAAGAUCUGGUUCAAGUUUUAAACCAUUGAGAUGGAACCAAAUGUAG